AUGAGCCCCCCUGCAGCUUUGGACGUCGAGCUCAAGGCGGAUCCCGAUACAUCCGCUGUGCCAGUCCCAAGUCCGUUGACAGUCAAUGGCAUUCCAGCAUGGCGCGAGAAGAUGGCCAAGAUGCCUACGGGCGUUGCCCCGGCUUGCAGCAGUGACAUGUUCAAGAGCCCGGUUUGCUAUACUAAGCCCAAGGCAAAGCGAUUUGAACAUCUCUUAUCUACCGAGGCAAAAUCACGGCAGGCAUCAACAUUGAAAAACGCUGCACGCUUCUUGAAGAACCCUGGCAUUAUUUCCCUUGGUGGUGGUCUGCCUUCAUCUGAAUAUUUCCCAAUUGAGCAUCUCGACAUCAAAGUCCCUACUCCACCAGGAUUUUCUCCGGAGGCCACACAGAAGUCUGGAACUGUCCUGCAUAGCGGAAAGCACGAUAUUAAGGAGGGCAAGAGCCUGUAUGCUUGGCAGAUCUGGAAAUUGCGCUCAACUAUGGUCAAGCUACUGGCUCCCCCCAGCUCCUCCGAUUUGUCACUGAGCACACGGAGCUUAUCCACAGCCCCCCCUUACUCAGACUGGCAAUGUACCCUGACAGCUGGAAGUACAUAUGCAUGGGAUACCGCGCUGCGACUCUUCACGGAGCGCGGCGAUUACAUCAUGAUGGAGGAGUACACCUUUGCUAGUGCUGCCGAAACUGCUUUCCCUCUGGGUCUUAAGGCUCUGCCGAUUCCAAUCGACGAGCAAGGCAUUGUUCCCGAGGGUAUGGACGAGCUUUUGAGUAACUGGGAUGCGAAGGCUCGGGGCGCACGAAAGCCAUUCGUUCUAUACACCAUCCCCACAGGUCAGAACCCCACCGGUGCCACUCAAUCCGCUGAACGCCGCCACGCGGUGUAUAAGGUUGCUCAGAAGCAUGAUGUCUACAUCAUUGAGGAUGAGCCAUACUACUUCUUGCAGAUGCAGCCGUAUGCCGGCGAAGGGGCUGCUGCCCCGGCUCCUCCUGCCAACCAUGAUGAAUUCAUUAAAUCCCUUGUUCCGUCUUUCUUAAGUAUGGACGUUGACGGGCGAGUUUGUCGGUUGGAGUCAUUCUCGAAAGUGAUUUCUCCUGGUUCACGGGUUGGCUGGAUCGUUGCCUCCGAGCAAAUUAUUGAGCGGUUUGUGCGCAACUUUGAAGUCUCAUCACAGAACCCCAGUGGUAUCGCCCAACUCGUCCUCUUCAAGCUUUUGGACGAGCACUGGGGCCACUCUGGGUACCUUGAUUGGCUCAUUGACCUUCGCAUGUCCUACACCAGUCGGCGCGAUAUGCUGCUGCAUGCGUGCGAGAAACACCUGCCUCGUGAAAUCGCGCACUGGGUCGCUCCUGCCGCAGGAAUGUUUCACUGGAUUGAGGUUGAUUGGCGCAAGCACCCUGGUGUUGCUGCUGGCAAGACGCUCGAAAAGAUUGAAGAGGAGAUAUUCCUAUCGGCCGUUGAACAUGAUGUUCUUCUUUCACGAGGCAGUUGGUUCAAGGCCGAUAGCUCGAGUAAAAUGGAAAAAAUGUUCUUCCGUGCAACGUAUGCGUCAGCAUCUGCCGAGAAGAUUGACGACGCCAUUGCUCGCUUUGGAGAGUGUUUGCGUUCCCAAUUUGGUCUCUAG